CUGAUUCCUUCAAAUGUACUUAGCCCAUUGACUCGACGUAUGUGAGAAUCAAAACAAAAACUCUUUAUUUAUCAAAACUGGAGAAUAUUUUUUGCAUUCGUCGAACAUCGAUUCCGUGUUUAAACCAUUUGUUUUCACAAUUUAUUUGCAUAAUUUAGUCAUAGUUAAAAAUGGUGUUAGAGGUGAAAUCGAUUUGUUGUGUGGAAAGUUUGAGGAAAAUACCAGAGAUUUUCGGUUUAGAAAAAGACAGCAAUUGGCUAAAUAGUGUUCGUUAUACGUUGUCUGUGAAGACGGGUACGCUGGUGUUUGCGCAUCAGACAAAAAUUAUUGUUUUAUCAUUGAAAUGGAAUUCACGUUUACACCAAUCAAAAUAUUCAAUUACCUGGUCCGAUGAGCUACCUCCGUACGAUGAUAUUACUGCCAUCCUCUGCCUGCCCAUCACCAAUGAAGCUGAAGAGGUUGUGGCUGGUAUUCUCAUUGGAUUCGAUUCGGGGAAGUGUCAGCUGAUCACAACUCGAGGCCAAGUCAUCAUAUCGCAACAAUGGUAUCCAGAACCAGUACAAAGCAUUCAAUUGCCCAACGAGAAGAAAUCCAUUGAAGAAAUUUAUGUGAUGUACAAAACGUGUCUGUGUAUUCUACAAAGCAAACAAUUGAUGCAAUCGCUGAGGAAUUUUGACAAAUUGAAUCGAACAAAUAGUUUGUUGGGCAGCAUUUCGUGUCGCGUGUGGAAAUAUGGCGAUUCAUACGGCCGAUCCAAUGAAAUUGUUCACAGUUCAGUUGUUGGUUCAAAGAAAAUUGGCCUUUUUGACCAUUUUCUAGCUGCAAGCAUGGAGGGUGGCUUUUAUGCAUCAUAUAAAAGUUCAGCUCCGCAGCAGCUGGCCGUUUUAUCGGGUGGUAUCAAGCCAUUUGCUGCAUUUUAUUAUGCAAAAGAAAUCUUGGUUCAACCAUUGGUAUCGGUGGCCAUAGUUCAAGCGGUUGCAAGUCAAGUAAAGAAUGCAUUACCGUCAUGGUUUCCUGGAGCGCAAAAGCCUCUACCCGCAACUGAACCAGCUCCGCAAAUUUCAACGGAAUCAAUGAUAUUGCGUUAUGGUUUUUACGAUGAUCAUCGAACUGGAAAUCGAAUUUGGCUGUCGCCGUACAACCGUUUGGCAGCCGUUGCAGAUAAUUUGGGUCGAGUGAUUUUGGUCGAUUGCCAACAUAAUGUAAUUGUACGUGUUUGGAAGGGAUAUCGCGAUGCACAGUGCUCAUUUAUGAAAGUGGAUGAAAAAAUGGCGAAAAUGUCAGCGCAACAGAAACGGCGACAUGCCAUGUUCAUAGCAAUUUAUUCACCGAAGCGAUCAACAGUCGACAUUUGGAAUGUAGAACGAGGCAAAAAGCUUGCGGUAUUUCCAGCCGGACCAAAUGGUCAGUUGAUUCAACAAAAUUCAUGUUCGACCGUUGCGAGUGCACCUAGUUCAAGCAAUAGUUCGGUUAUUUUUAAACCAACCUAUCAUUCGUCAACUGGAGCAUUCUUUCUCAAUCCGACCGAUCUUACGAUUAAAGAGUUGGCCAUACCAUUUCAUUAUGCACUGGACACAUCGAAUACGAAAAAGUCCAAAGAUUCUCAUAUCAUAAAUCAAAUAAAAGCAGACCUCAAAACCAUUGACGUCGACAAUAUGUCGGAAUUGGCCGAUCUCUGUGAUAGUAUUCAAACGAAUGAAAUGCGAUUCAAGUGCAUUGGUUCAGUUAUCAAAAGUCGACACUUGACACCGGACAUAUUUUCACUGAUUUUAAACACAUUUUUGAAGAAAAUUGAAGGAACGGCAGAAGGUUCCGAUCAAGAAGAAGACACAUUAACACCGGCCAAUGUGGAAACUGAUGCCUACAGUAAUACACGAUUGUCGAAAUUUCUGCACAAAUACGAAAGGUUGUUACUAUUUUACAAUGGAAUGAAACAAAAGACGUCGCAUGAUGAUUUGAUUGACUCUGACGAAAUUGGAGAUGGCGAUUUUGAAGAGAUUUUCAAGGUCAUUGAACAGUACAAACUGUGUUUGAACCUCAAGAAAUCAAAGAAAGUUUUCAUUCAAAGUCCAACAACAAGCAAUAGUUUCAUAGAAUAUUUAUCCAUUUUUGAUUGUUCGUCGAGUGACAACAUUCGAUUACAUGAGUCGAAAAGUGCACGGUUCACAACCGUUGGAUUUGAUUUGUUUGAUAGUUUUAUCAGAAAAAAUGCAACUUUCGAUGGUUUUUAUAAAUUGGCCAACAUCAGCACGCUAUCGAAUAAAAUUCUACUUAGGCUAUUCUUGAAAUAUUGGAUGGAAAAAGACAUUGAAUAUGACAAAAACAAUGAAGUAAACCAUCACCUAAUCAGCUUUACGCAUAUCGUUCAGACAAUAUGCGAUUUGGAUCGGGCCUGUGCCGAGCAUCAAUACAACGCUCUAUCACCGUGGUGGCAAAACAUUCGAGAGAUGCUGUUACACAGCUCAAAUGUGUUCAAAUCACUUUUAGCUGCAGUAUUAUGCCGAGAUUUGUCAGUUUUGUAUCGUCAAAAAGAUGGACAAGACAGCACAAAUGAAGAUGAUGUAUGGGAGCAAGUAUCGCAGGAAAUAGCCCAAUGGUCAUUGUUGAUUGGAAAAUUGGACGAUAUUGCUGCAUUGAGUUCGAUUUUGUCAUUCACUCCAAACCGGCAUUCAUCGUCAACUGACGUAGCCGUUCUUGAAUAUACCACUCCCGACAUCAGUUUGAUGACGAUUUUCAGCGGCGGCAAUGGCAUUGUAUCGGAAUUAGUUGCCAAGUGGAUCACAUCAACCGGAGUGAAACCAAGUGCAUUUUUCACUGUUACCAAUGAGGAGGAGGAAAUCACCGAAGAAUACACACAUUCUAAUUCAGCGGUUUCAUAUUUAAAUUUACUGCGUAAACAUUUCCCAUUCAGCCUUCGGCCUGCAACCCUACUGUGCCAUUUAGCCUGGGAAUACGCUCAUGCAUGGAGCAACAACACGGAGAAGUUUGAAUAUCUUACAACUUCUCUUGAAUAUUUGGAUUUAUUCGAUAAAUCCGAGUAUGCGCUAAAACAUGGCAUUUGCUGUAUCAUUUGGAAUAAUAUUCUGAGGAAGUACAUUCAAACAUCGAUGAAACUCCUUAAUAACAUUGGCCGAAGUGUAGAUGGAUUAAAGUCACAUUCGGCAUUUAAUGAUACAAUGAUUCCCGAUUUUGUGAAGCAUUGCACAAAGUUUUUGAAUAUUUUAACUGAGACAAUAAUUAGUCAACAUGUUGAAUUAAAAUUUGAAGUGAUGCUCCAAGACGGUGCCGAACCGGCACUGGCAACUCGUGCCAAUAAGCAACCCAGAGCCAAUACUGAAAUAGUCGAGCUGCAUUCACAGCUGUUGGAAGUGAUGUUUAUCAUAUCCUCAUUGAAUGUGAAUGUAAAAAAUGGAAUGAAUUCCUUGUUCAAUGAAGUAUCGAGAGAGCUGUUGGCAUGUGAUAUGAGCAAAGAGUUGAGUGAAUCAAUUCCACGACCCGAUGAAGUUGUCAAUAAAUCUAGAAAGCAUUUCCUGCACCGGACAAUAAAUGUGGCUGUCGAUUUGAUACGCAAAGAUUUUCAAGAUAUUUAUAUCGUCGAUUUCAAUCAGUGGAUUGAAAAGGUCAUUCUUUUGGCGAGAAAAUGGACACUUAAUCAAGAUGAAUUGGUAAAAUAUCAGGUAGUUCAGUUAUACUGUCGAGGCUGGGAUGAAACGGCAGAAGAGAAAUUGAGCGAAGUGUCGCAACCUGCAUCUAUGGGCAAGAUGCUCAUAUCGAUUACAGGCACUCGAUUGAAUAAUUUCGUCAAAGACAAACCAGAUCUUUAUUCACGGGUUCUGGCCAUGGGAAGUAGAACUAGCUCGUAUUUGGAACAAUUGGAUGAAUCUCCAAUGAAACUGUCUGCACAAUGUGAAGAUGUGGAUGAUUUAAUAUACAUCGAUCGAUUGCAGCGGCUCGCCAAAAAGACGUAUGAAUGUUUGGCAAAGCAACAACAAAGUUCCGAUUUAAAAUUAGCUGCCCAAUUGUACGAUGCCUGCGCUGAAAUCAAAGAAUUUCUGAACUCAACAGACGAGUCUUAGAAUUUUGACACCAAUUUUUAGUUGCAAAAGGCUUUAAUUCAAUUCCUGUUAUUUAAAUAAAUUGUAAUUGUUAAUAGAAAAAAAAUAAA